CACUCCCUCUCGCUCUCCCAGUCGACCUUCAACCUCCUCCAGCCCCCGGAGCCCAUAUCGAUCUACUGCCAUGGCCGAGCACCGCCCAGAAGGCCUGAAGGGCCUCCUUCCCGAGAAGGCGCCGUCCAAGUCCCAGGUGCUCGCCGUGGUCGCAGUCUUGCCCAUUGGUGGCCUCCUUCUCCUCCUCUCAGGGGUGACGCUGACUGCUAGCGUCGUCGGUCUCGCCGUCGCCAUCCCGCUCUUCGUCCUCUUCAGUCCGGUGCUGGUCCCGGCGGCGAUCGCCAUCGGGGUCGCCGUCACCGGCUUCCUGGCCUCGGGCGCGUUCGGCCUCACGGGGGUGUCGUCGCUCUCGUGCUUCAUGGAGCACGCCCGGAGGGUCGUGUCGAAGGCGCCGGAGCAGCUGGAGCUGGCGCGGCAGCGGAUGGCGGAGGCCGCGGGGCAGGUCGGGCAGCGGACCAAGGAAGCCUCGCAGGGGUUGCAAGGCAGGACAUGAAAACAUCUCCCAUGGCUCAUAUGAUCCAUAUAUCGUCUCAUUUGGAGAAGAAUAUACGUAUAUAUGUAUAUCUGCGUUGAGUUGGUCGAGUUUAGUAAGUUGUUGCGUAGGAUUGGGCUAUGUGAGUGUAUAUAUAUGUUGCUUGUGGUGGUGCGGGGUUUAGUAGGAGUUUCCUUUUGCAUCCUCUUGUUUCGUUGUAUGUUCGAAUGCGUAUUGUACUGCUAAUAAGUAUGAGGCAUUGAUCUUAUAUUUGUCGUAUUAGUGCUGCUCUUGUAGUGGAAUGAUGGAAAUAAUUCUAUGG